ACUAAUUCACCGACACACAGUAACUGCCUGUAUUUCAUGGUGUUUCAACAAAGUACGCCGGACGCCUGAGCUUCCCCGCUUGCAUCAUCCCAAGCAAGGCACCAGUUUCACGCGCCUGGCUCCACUAGGCGUUAGGCAGCUUCCGCUCCACCUUCACCCGUGCGGCCUCUCCCCCUCUUAACCCCUCCAUGACCUGUUGAUGCCCUACACGUUCUGUUGCACUGGGACUUUCAGCUGACAUGCCUCCGAGUAGUUCGAAAGCAGGACCAGAGUUUCGGUAUCCACCGGUUCAAGCUGAUCGCUCUCUUACCAGCCUUGACCUCGAUACACUGAUGAUGAAGUCCACUACAUGCCGGCUCCAGGAAGAGCCUGGGAGCUCACUUGACGAUAGCACAUACGAGCUGCUGACCGACAGCCUGAUCGAAACAUCGGACGAUGAAGCCCACACUGCGUCCAUUGCAUCUGCCUCAGAUGAUCACACACAAGACGACGGCUCGAUCUUCGGCGACGAUGACGAUGACGAUGACGAUGAUUUCGCGACCAACUAUCGAGCACUCGACGCAAGCAUCCAGUCUAUGCACGCCGCAGCCGCAGACGAUGAUCUCGAGACACCGUUGGAAACAGGUGGGGAAGACAGCAUGCUCACAAUGGUACCAGACCACAUGAACGGCAGUGGUGGGUCAAGAAUGGUUCAACUUGACGAAGAGCCCACGGCAGACCCUGAAGUGUCGUUCGGGACGACAAUCGUCCGGACGUUCCCAACGCAGACUGAAGAGCUGCCCAAAGUAUUGGAGACUUAUGGUCAACCUCAGGUGCAACUGGGGGUCAAGGCAAGCCUGUCCUCUCGAUACAUCACCACGCCUGAGUCUUACAAGAUCCUGUACCUUGGUCUGCCCGAGCAAUGGGUGCAGGACAACAUUACACACCACAUCCACGCGGCACUUACCGCAUCACCUAGUAAGACAAGGUCAGUAAUGGUCCGAGGCCAGAUGGAGCCCCUUGGGACUGUCAUUGAUACAUACCGCUGCACGAAGCUUGAGGUCACGAGCCCUGAUAUCGCUCUUUCCCCCAUUCAAGUCCAUAUCGACGAUGGGCGACGCAUCAAGAUCGACCGACAAAGAAAGCCAAAGUUUGACCUAGUGAUUCUCUGCCAUACGCAGAAGCGUGAUUACGCCACUGGUGCCCAGUCCUACGACUCGCUUCGCACAGCUCUUCGCCAGCACUCGACUCCGAUGAUUGAGCUCUCUGAGAUCAAGCCAUACGGUGCUGGCAAUCGAACGUACGAUAUGCAGAGUUUAGUCGCUUGCAUCGAAGGUAGAAGCGACGAUGAGGCUGAGUUUGAUUUGCUCGAAGUACUUCCCCUGGACGUCUUCAGCUUCUGUGAGCUCGAGCCGGCCCAGAUCAACCGUCAUUUGGCACUGAUCAGUCCACAUCUGCUGCCACAGACUGUCGAUGUUUCUCAAAAUACACAGUUAUCUGCCGUGAGUGACACCGUACGCGCCAUCGGCAAGCAGCUGCGUACAGGAGCACCGGCUCCCACCAAAGUCUUAUUUCUCUCGAUCGCCCUUACGGCAAUGCUUUCGGUAUUUGUUCUCAGCCCGGUGUACCUGCCCCUUCUACAGCAGAGGUUCGCGGACGUCGCGCCCGAGCCACCGAUGUUGUCAGUUUCUCCAGCAUCGAGUCUUUCUAUCACAUCCGCGGCAGUCGGCUCCUCGAGCACCGCGUCUGUUUCUCUUUCCUUACCAUCUUCUAUAUCUGUACCAAAGGGCCUGACAGUCGCCGCUCCGCAGGCGGAACAGCCGAAGCCAAAGUCAAAGCUGGACAACAACAAGAAAAAUGACAAGACCAAGGGGUUCGAAAUUCAGACUGCUGGUGAGAAGCAGUUCAUUCUCACUCCAUCAAAAGAACUGGCGAGCUCGAGGAAGACGCCGCAGCUCCAGAUCCAGGUGUUCCGCAAUACCACGCUGAUCCCUGUCCUUUACGUCAGAACCAUUACCGGCGAGUACUUCGUGGACCUCGAGGAUGAGUACCCCUUCGGGUCGUUCAACGUCAGCAUUGCCAGCUACUCCAAGCCUCUGCUGCACCAGUCCUUCGAGGUCACCUUGGGCCAUAACAAGACUUGGUUUGAUCAAAUGCUUGGAAAGACCACGAACAAGAUCAUGGAUGCCAAAUCAAUCCUUCGACAUAUCUCUUCUUCGGCUGCGGAACAACUGCAAGCCAAAUUCAACGAUAUCGCUGGUGACAAAGUGGGUCACUGGGUAGAGGAGGGUCGGCACUUGGAAGAAUCGAUCUACGGUAAUGCGAAGGGAUGCCUGGAGUCUGGUACAGAGUUCGUCAAGCAUGUUCCAGAGACUACCUUGAUGGGACUCAGGAAGGCCACGGCGCCGGUCCGACUGUCUCAAACUCUGUGGAAGGCUAGAUUAAAUGCUCUUCGAAUACGCUGCAACGCAGAAACUGCAAUCGGGAGGUUUUGGAAGCUCUCUGAUGAGCAGGCCAGCCGGGCGUGCUCCGAAUUGCAUUCGCUCGGUCAGAAGGGGGAGGCUUGAUGCUUGAGUGUGUUUUGUUGGAUGGUAUGGCGUUCGGUUUACAGGAUAGGAAUGGAAGACGGUAUGCAUCAUUGAGGAACUGGUUGCCAUGGCGCUGAUGGUGGGUCUGGCGUUGAUGUGUUGGAUUUCCUCGGAUACCAGGUGCGUGGCGUCAUUGGCGUCGCCUCUCUUUUAUCGGGUAAAGCGUAAUCGAGUAUUCGUUUAGUAGAUUUAGAAGACUGUGUUUAUCUCAACAGGAAUUUG